CACCGUUGCUCUUACCUGGUCGAGCGGGGAGCGAAGCAUUGUUUGAAUCUGUGUGUUUUCAUCCGGACCAAACGUCAGCAGCUCCAAGGCUGAAGCUUCUCCUCUCCUGCUUUCUGUGAGAUACUUCUUCCGCUCCUCUCCUGUGUGUGGAUCAGACAGCAUGACUCGUCCUUCAGCUAUGAGCCGCAGAAAGGCCAAAGCCCCCGUCCAUCGGCCCCCGCUGCCGACCCCCGGCGCUUCCACAUCCACUCAACAAUCCUUGAGGAAAAGUGGAGCCCCACCUGAAGCGUCAAGGCAGUCUUUAGCGUCUCCCAAGAAGAGAAGGUUCCGACCGGGAACCAGGGCCCUGAUGGAGAUCCGCAAGUACCAGAAGAGCACCGAUAUGCUCAUCCUAAAGGCGCCAUUUUCCCGCCUGGUUCGGGAGGUGUGUCAGGGGUUUGCUGUUGAUCUUCGAUGGCAGGUGAACGCUCUCAUGGCCCUACAGGAGGUUGCAGAGGCAUUCCUCGUCAUGCUGCUGUCUGAUGCCAACCUGUGCGCCAUCCACGCCAAGAGGGUCACACUGUUAGAGCGGGACAUUCAGCUGGCAAGGAGGAUCCGAGGGAUAGAUGUCCCUAAAGACAGGAAGUAGCCCAGAGUCAUCAGGGUUUCCGCACCUG